AUGUCACGGUUAGACGUGGUGAUAUUUGGAGCUACCGGGCUUGCCGGGAAGCAGGUGGUCGUGUACAUGGCGAGGCUCUACAAAAAAUAUGACUUCGGCCCUUGGGGAGUCGCUGGACGGUCUCAGGCGAAGCUUAGCGCUUUGAUGGCAGAAAUCUCUAGAGAAACUGGUGAAGACCUGUCCUCUAUCAAGCUGAUAGUAGCAGACGUCGGUGAUGAUAAGUCGCUUCGUGAGAUGUGCGCUCAGACCAAUGUACUGAUCAAUUGCUGUGGCCCUUACCGCCUCUAUGGGGAGCCUGUCGUCAAAGCCGCCAUUGAGAGCAAGACCAACUAUGUGGAUAUUACUGGGGAACCACAGUUUAUGGAUCUCAUGCAGAUUCGUUACGACGAAAAAGCUCGCGAGGCAGGAGUGUUCGUGAUCAGCGCGUGUGGAUUUGACAGCAUCCCAUCUGACAUGGGCGUCACCUUCCUUAAACAAAACUUCAAAGGCACAUUGAACUCUAUAGACUCGUACCUCAGUUUCUACUUACCCCCUGAACUUGAUGCGGAAGCGAAAGAACAUGGAGUGAUAGGCACUGGUACUUGGGAGUCAUUUGUAUAUGGUGCGGCAUUUCUUAAUGAGAUACCGAGGCUUCGCAAGGCAUUGUUCCCCGAACCAGCGCCGCAGAUGAAACCUGUCGUCAAGCAAAAGAGCAUGACUAAAAAGGAUAACCAAUGGUACUUCGAGUUUCCCGGAGCUGAUGAAUCAGUAGUUUAUCGAACGCAGCAGUUUUUAUACCAGAACGAACAACAGCGACCCGUGCAGUUCAACGCUUAUUUCAAGACUGGAUCUCUCUGGCGGUCCAUGGGCAUCGCUAUGAGGGCUCUAACUUUAGUGGUCAUGUCUAAGAGCGAGUGCACGAGGAAGUAUUUGUUGAAUAAUCCGAAGUACUGGUCAGGGGGAUAUGUGACAAAGGAAGGUCCCACAGCUAAUGUUACCAAUAACUCGAACUUUACUUUCGAGAUGGUUGGUAAUGGCUGGCCUGAAGGAGCUGACGUGGAGAAGACACUGCCCACAAAAACUGUAGUCGCUAAGGUGACGGGCCAGAACCCCGCGUACGGCGCCACGGUGGCGGCUGUCCUCAUGUGUGCACACACCGUGCUGCGGGAGCGACACCACAUGCCCGCGCCUGGGGGAGUAAUGUCACCUGGCUCGGCCUUCAAGAACACCACACUCAUACAGAAGCUGAAUGACAACGAUCUGAAGUAUGAAAUUAUUAGCAAGUAA